AGGCACAGCAUUUGGUAUAAUAGUUGAUGAAUCAACUGAUAUACCUACCAGUGACAAAACAUUUGGAUAUUAUGGCAAAAUGAGAACAAUAUUCUUACAAUUAUUAGAAUUAUGCACAUACUAUUUCAUCAUUAAUAAUUGA